UGCUGUGCGUCAUUGCAACUUAAGUACAUAUGUGUCUGGCAAAGACUGGCCCAUCCACACCGUAUAUAAACCUUUCACCGUUGCACGAAGCACGACAGAAACUCGACAUCAAGUCUUCGCUGGAUCGAAGCGUUUCCAAAGACAUCCAUCCCGUUUAUAAUCCAAAACCUGUUUCCCAGAAAUGGCUAACUGUUUGUGUUUCAAUAACAAUUCCUCAGCGUCUGAUUUAAACGCUUCGGAACGUCAGCUGUGUGGCAGAAUGGCUUUCAGAUCGUCUCGAAGAACAUCGCUCGAUAUUUGCGGUCAUGGUUUCAAAAUCAAAACCUUCAUUCAACCAAGAUUCUGUUCACAGUGCCAUUCAUUUAUCUGGGGCUUCGCCAGGAACGGAUAUCAAUGUGAAGGUUGUGAUCUGGUUAUUCAUAAAAGAUGUUUUGACAAGACACUGCCUGUUUGCAAGAAAGCUGAAGAUACAUUGCCAAGAUUAACUUGGGAACAACUGAUGACCAUCUGGAAUUACACCAACCUCUUUCAAACUGACACUUUCCCGCGUAACGUUAAAGUUGCAGCGGUUCCACUAACAAGCUAAACCUGACCUUAAAAGCCUGAAGAUGUAUGGCAAGAGAUUUGCGAAACCCAUUUUGAAUUGUUCUAUAUUUUCGCUCCUAAAUUUUGACACGAGAAUGGCAAAAGGAAGGCUUUCAUUCUCGCCCUGCGGGAGUAAAGAUGCUUUUUGAAGAAGUCUGUACAAAAUCAUUUCAAAUCAUAUAUGUAUAUAUAUAAUGUAGAUAUUUUUUCAUCUGGUGAGGUAUA